AUGAAAAUGACUGCAAAUGCAGACAUCGUUGUGGUGGGCUGCAUCAACUCGGACCUUGUGUCCUUUGUAUCGCGACUUCCGAGUGCAGGGGAGACAGUUUUCUCUUCUGCACUGGAGAGUCAUUUUGGAGGCAAAGGAGCUAACCAGGCUGCUCAAGCUGCCCUCUUGCUGCAGAGCAAUUCAACUUGUGCAAAAGUGACCCACGAAUGUGCCUUCGGUGCAUCGCAGCAAGUCUCGGACAACGGGCUAUUCGAAAACGGUACAACUACAAAUGGAGACAACAGAUCUACUUGCGGUGUCGCGAUGGUUGGUAGGGUUGGAAGAGAUGCUGCAGGAUUGAGUUUUCUGCGCCACUUUCAGUCGCUGGGUAUUGAUACUCGGGGGAUCUACAUAGACUCGCAAGCUGGAACGGGCACUGCCCUUGUCACUGUUGCUGACGGCGGGGAAAAUACGAUAGCCUACGUGCCCGGGGCGAACGCGUUAUUGAAUAAGGAGCAUAUCUCCGCAGAGCCUGUUCUAUCGUAA